CUUUUAGUUAGUUGGAGCGGAGGUGGAGCCGGCCCUUAAUGCGGCUCUAGAAUCCGGAUACCGCCACUUUGACUGCGCCUAUCUUUAUCAAAAUGAAGAAUUGAUCGGUCAACAGCUACAAAAGUGGUUUGCCGAUAACAACGUCAAGAGAACUGACUUAUUUGUGACCUCCAAGCUAUGGAAUACUUUCCACCGUCCUGACCUUGUUCGAGUGGGUUGCAAGCGAUCACUAGACGACCUCAAGUUGGACUACUUCGACUUGUACCUUGUGCACUGGCCGGCAGCAUACCAACCGAGUGCCGAGAUACUUCCACUUAACGCCGAUGGGGGUACGAAGUACGACUACACAGACAUCUUGGAGACAUGGAAAGCCAUGGAGGAUCUCGUCAGGGAAGGUCUCUGCAAGGCGAUAGGUGUCUCGAAUUUCAACAGGCGUCAGCUGAAACGUAUCCUUGACAACUGCACAAUCAAACCAGCUAUGUUGCAGGUGGAAAGCCAUGCCCACUUCCCGAAUGCGAAACUUAUUGAUUUCGCACGCUCCAACGGCAUACUGGCAACCGCAUAUAGCCCCCUUGGCAGUCCAUAUCGACCGACAUCCUCGGGAUGUCGUCUAAUUGAUGAACCGGUCGUUUGUAAGAUUGCGGAGAAGUACCGAAAGACUCCCGGUCAGGUUCUCAUCCGACAUGGAAUACAGCGUGGAAUCGUCGUGAUACCUAAAAGCAAGACUCCGUCGCGUAUUGCGGAGAACAUAAAUGUAUGUGCGUCUUUCGUCAGACGUGUAAAACCGGUUGUUGUUGUAAUGCCUUUGUUGGGGUAUCAGAAAAACACGGCACAGGAAUCACAAUUUGCCUUGCAAUCUACAUACAAAAUUAUGUUAUUUAUUGCUAGUUGCAUUACCAGAACCAUUUUCGAUUUUGAAUUGACGGCAGAAGAAAUGGAGGAUCUUAAAAAGCUCGGGACUCAUGAACGCCUCGUAAAGGGUGAUCCGUAA